GCGUAUCCUCCGCCAUUGUUGCUCUUUCGCCGGUGGUCCGUCCGUCCGUAUAAUUGAUCGUCGCCGGAGAAGAGCCGAGAACACCGGACAGAGUAGUUGUUUGGUCGGCAGCGGUGGAGUGCUGGUCCGUACCCAUCCAGAAGAGGGAGACAGCGCGCGUACGAGAAGCCCCCAGCGGAGCCAAUACGGUGAUAAUACACCGACUGAUUUGAUCGACGGAAUUCGGCUUCCCAAUUUGGGCAAGCCAAUUCGCGAACCUCACGCUGCUGAGGCCGAUCAUAGACGGGCUGCAUUUCAUCCGAUUGCGCGAGUGCCGAUCGAGAAAAUCGUCGGAAGAGUCGCUAUUGGUCUUCCAAGCGCCGUGGGAGGUGGCCGCUCGGAGAAGAAUACGCCCGACCUCCUCAAUUACAGCCAGCAUGAAGGAGGUUCACUAGUAUAACUGAAAUCUUAAUUGGAGUCUCCGAAAUUGGAAUAGCAGGAUUUGGUAAUUCUCGAAAGAUGUCUUUAAGAGGGCGUCCUCGUCCACAUGAAGGGCGUCCCAACCAGGCGCCAGGUUUAAUGCGGCAUGGUCCAGCUCCCAUAUUAGUCCCUCUCUCUGGGAACCGCCCGGUAGAGAGAAUAGGGCCGCCACCCCCUCCGCUUGACCUUCUCGAAAACAAGGUCCGAGCCCAGGAAGCAGAAAUAGAGCGACUAGUAGCAGAGAACCGGAGGUUAGCCUCCACUCAAGGGACGUUGAGAGAAGAGCUAGUCACAGCGCAGCAAGAAGCCCAACGGCUCAAGGCCCACAUUAAGAGCAUCCAAACCGAAAGUGACAUUCAGAUGAGGAUCCUUCGAGACAAGAUUGCUAAGUACGAGGUGGACAUAAGGGCUGGGGAGGGCGUGAGGAUAGACCUUGAAAGGGCUUUCAAAGAGGCUCAGGACUUGGUUGCAAUCAGGCAAGAGCUUCUUUCCCGAAUUCAACGGGCAAACCAGGAAUUGAAGAUGGCACGUACUGAUGCUGAGAAGUUGCAGGAUUUGAAUGCUGAGUUUGACAGUUUGAUGCAAGAACACAAUCGGUUAUGGGCUACUUUUGAGUAUGAGAAGAGUUUGAACAUAGAUCAAGUAAGACAAAUGCAAGGAAUGGAGCAAAAUCUCUUCUCAAUGGGAAGGGAAGUGGAAAAAUUGCGAAGUGAGAUUAUGAUUGCUGAGAAGGCAGCUCAUGAUCCAAAUCCACACAUAGGAGGCUCGCUGAACCACCCUAAUCCUUCUUACCUGCCCCAAGUGCAUGGCAACGGACCCUACCUUGACAGUUUAGGAAGGCCUCUCAUCCCAGUGGGCCCCCUGCCUGUAGAAGAUGGGACAGUUCCAUACCAAGUUCGUGAUGGUGGAGUAGGACUCAUCCCAAGCUCCAGCAGCAGUGCCGCCUGGGCUCGUCCGUUAUGAUCUGCUUGCUCUCUCAGCAAUAAAAGCUACGGGAAUGUUUAGAUUGCAUGUUGUAGAUUAAUUGUGCGCAAAACCUUUUCUGGGGUAUAGAAUUUAAGGUCAUUAAAAGAAUGUGAACGAUGCAGAUGCUGAACCCGAAAUGCUGAUCAGGUUUUGGGCUGACCAAUGAAACAGGAUAUCUGAACAGCAA